ACCCAUUUUCCCUUGCAGUGAACACAGCCUGCUUCAGCGCACCUCAGGUCCACAAAGUCAUCUCACAAAGCCAUCCUCUCAUCUUGAAAAAGCCAGCUGUGCUCUAGGAGGCAUUCAGAGUUCGUCCAUACAUUUCUCUUCCAGUGCCUGCUUAACAGCUCUCCUGCAAACAGAAUGCCCAAGUCUUUGCAUUCUCUGCUGGUAAAGACAAAGAAAGAUGCUGCCUCCACAGAUGACAAGGAAGCAGGAGGAUGGGGUGAAAGAUUUUGCCAAAGCAAGCAUCUAACCUCUGCCAUCAGUGUCAUCUGUGUUGUGCUUCUAACUGCAGUGAUUGUACCUUCUGUUCUUCUGGCAGCAAGAAAGGAAAUGACAGCCUUGGAGCACUGUGGGUGUGCACCCUGCCCGGAAGGAUGGAUUGGAUUUGGAAGCAAGUGUUAUUAUUUUUCGGAUGACAUAGGAAAUUGGACAUUCAGCCAGCUCUUCUGUACGUCACAAAAAGCCAAUCUUGUGCAGAUUGAAACCCUGAAGGAAAUGAAUUUCCUGAAAAGAUACAAAGGUCCUAUUGGCCACUGGAUAGGCCUUAGUAGAGAGUCGCCAAAUCACAGCUGGAAGUGGGCAGGCAACGCUGGAUACAAUAUCACGUUUCCCAUCAGAGGAGAUGGGGAAUGUGCCUACCUGAAUGACAACGGGGUCAGCAGUAGCAGGAUCUACACAGAUUGGAAAUGGAUUUGUAGUAAACCAAAUAAUUACACUGACAAGUGCCACCAUUAAUUAAACUCUUCAUAGGGAAUUUCCCGACCACUUAUGAGACACUGCAUUGAAUUUUGCUAUAUAUGGUUGCUGUACAUAGCUUAUUCUACCAAAAAUACUACCACUAUUCAUCAGACUAUGUAUUAGCAACCAGUAUGCAAACUACCAUAAGGUCGUAUAAUACAAGGAUUUGGUAGAACCUGACUCUAACUUAAGUAGGUAUUUUGGUAUGAAUUGAUACUGAUAUUUUGAAACCAGAAUAUAAUAUCUAUGAAUUCUACCUCUUAUGGCCAGAUGUAAAACCUUCCCUGUAUAGUCUGAUCUUUGCACAUGAAGAAACAUCAAAAUGACCAUAUUAAUGAAACCAUGCAAAAUUAUUUUUGUAUUCAAUGAGAAAAAUUACAAUUAACCUGUGAUCUUUGAAAAAUUCCAAAUUCUCUUACUGUCACAAAUAUAUAGUGAAAUUUAAAAGCACUAAAAAUAUUUCUUACUGUGUUUUAAAAGACCAGAAACAGUUUAAUUCUAAUUCUGUGUUUAUGUUUUAAAUUACAAUGUGCUAAACAAUGUGAUACCCAUAAACAACAUUCUUUAUUUUAUCCUUUAUUAGAUUUAAAAUUCUUCUUAUCCCAGAUUAAAUCACAGAUAGUUACUUGAGCACUUUUAGCAGUCAAUAUUCAGUGAGAAUUCUGUACAUGCCAUUGUACAGAAUUAAAUUUCUAUAGCUUCAGCUGCACUGUACUGAUGAUUCCCAAUAAGGAUGAAAUAGCAAUUUAUAAUGCAGUUUUUCUUAUGUAUUUUAUUUCUUUCACGUUAUUGGCAUAUUAAUCUAUCUUCUUAUAAUUAUUUGAAAUUUUAUUAUGCAUAUGAUUGUACAGAUUUAUUAUAUAUUGUAGGGUAAAUGGUUUUUCAGGCUUUUCUGCCCUCCCACCAUUAGGAUUGCCCUGCCUGAUGGGGCACCUGCAGUUGUUACAUUGUUGGGUUGUUUAUUUCAUGGGCCAUGGGAAGAGUAUUGAGAUAGAAGCAGAAGCAGGAGAGAGAAGGGGAUAAAAGAAGCCAGAGAAGCCAAGAGUGAAAACUUGCUAGGGGCCUGGAGGCCUACUGGGCUCCUGAACCCCCAGAACCUUUGCCUGCCAUGUACCUGUUUGCCACACUACAUGCCAUCAAGUGCUCCAGGAUUCCUCCUUUACCCUGUCUGCUUGAAUCAUAGAAAACCCACUCAGUGCCCUUUCUGGCACUACAGUUGGCACAAGUCGGCAAGAUGGAUCCGAUGCAGAUGGGUAUGGAGCCCUCUGAAGAUCUCAGGAGGAACUGAGGAGUAGCAGACUGUGUUUGCCUGUGACAAUGCUGGAUGUGCCAUGGUAGCACAGGUGGUGACCAGAGUCUAGAGGCUGCUGGAAGAGCUAGAGACGCUGCAGGAGCACAGGAGGUGGACAAGGUCCAGGAGCUGCGGGACGAGACCUCGCAUGGAGGAGGAGAUGGCCCGUGAGGACCAAUCCACGACCUCUGAGACAGCAGAAUUGUCAGGGAAGAAAGGACCACAAUUAGGAGCUCGCCAUUGCUGAUUCAGAAAAAGACUGAUGGACUUGGACUUAUAAUCCCACCAGAAGGUGGAGGAACUUUAAAACAGGGUGAUGUUAUGUUUUUGACAUCCUGGGGGUGGAUGGUAUGGUUUGUACACCCCAGGAGAUGGGAAUCUGUGGGUGGCCAGUGGGCUUUGAUGGCCAAAAAGCAGCCUGUGUAUUGCCCAGCAGCCAGGCAGAGGGAAAAAGCCAGCUUAGAAAGGCAAAAGCUGGUGGAGAUUGGGAAGCCCUGAGUGGCUGCUAAGCAGCCUAAGUAUGCUAAAGAAGGCCAGUGAGUCUCUUAAAAUCACCUGUGGGUAAUGCCCUGCUCGUUGUCGAGUAAGGGUGAGGAGCUGAGGAACCCAUCUUUGGGGGAUGGAUGGGGAAUGUGGCUUGUGGUGGGGCCUACAGCCAAAGAGGGGACCCAAGAGAGGCCACAUGUGGAGCUUGUAUCCAUGGAUUCCCGACCCAUGUGCAUGUAAAUGGGUUGGCCUAAGUGCAGGGGUCUGCAUGUCACAGACCCCUGGAUAUGAAAGCUGAGUGUUGGAGUGACCGCAGACAGAAACCCUGAGGAUUGGGCGAUUACCCCAAAGACAGAAUCACCAAUCCCAGAGUGAGUGUAUCCUGGGGGUGGAUGUGGUGGUGGAAGCCUGAUGGCCUCCUGGUGUAUGACAGGAGAUGCCUGAGUGGUUCCCCCCUUGCAUGAGUGCCUUUGGCAGCAGAUGUGGCGGCUCAUCUGCUGGUGCCAAUAAUUGUCUUUUGCCACUAGGUUGGUGCCCUGCCUGGAAUUGUUUGUGUUCUCUUGUAUUGUUUAUUUUCUUUUGUGGGCCAUAGCUGUGUGUUUGUGUUUGUUAAAGGAAACUUGUAUGUGUUUGCAUAUAGAUGUGUGUUUGUAUAUAGAUGUGUUUGUAUGGCAGAAAACCCUAAGGUCGUGGAUUGUAGGGUAAAUGGCUUUUCAGGCUUUUCUGCCUUCCUACACAGGGAUUACCCUGCCUGUUGGGGCACCUGCAGUUGUUACAUUGUGUUAUUUACUUCUGUGGGCCUUGGGAGGAGUAUUGAGAAUAGUCACGAGGAGAAGCAGAAGCAGGAGAGAGAAGGGGAGAAAAGAAGCCAGAGAAGCCCAGAGUGGGACCCCUGCCUGCCCUGUACAUUUCCCGCACUACAUGUAAAGCUCAAUAAAAGCGUGUUAAAGCCACCGAGGGCUCCAGGACUCCUUUACCCUGUCUGCUUGAGUCAAAAAAAUCAGUGCCCAUGUGGCACUACAAUAUAUUUUAUAUUUAUUUUAUAUAUGUUUUAUGUAAUUUAUUAUAUAUAACCAAUACAUUGUAUGUUUUAAAAAUGCCAGAAUUAAAUAUUUUUAUUUGGAGGCAGUAAGUAACCUUUAUUAACCCUCAUAAUGCCUUUUGCCUUAGAAUCCAUUUUAUCUCGGGCUUUAUUUUUUUUAAAGAUAUAUUUAUUUAUGACUGCAAGAACUGGGGUGUAAGCCAGAGGUGUGUUUGGAGGGGGAUGGGUGAGUGUGAGAGGAUUCACCAGAGACAGAGUGGGGAGCAGAACAGGCAGAUGUACUGAAAUACACUGCUGAGGGGAGCAGCCCCCUGAAUCACCAGGGAGGCCCCUAUCUUGGACUUCUAAGAGGCAGGGACUAUGUCAAGUUCACUUCUGUUUCCUGGGAGACCAGCACAUUGCCUCAAAGACUUAUGUUCAAAACAUGCCUGAGGAUGUGCCUCCAUCACUAUCAGAUUCUGCUCUGUUUGCUUAGUUUCUGCUCACUUUCUCACAAAACAAGCUGCAUUUCACAGAAAUACAAAUAACGAGAUUUAUUCUCUGCGUGACUUAGUCACAAAUAAAAUUUAAGUCAUCUGUGACACUUAUGACCUAGUAUUCUUUCAGUUUCCAAAUCAUAUAUCUAAAACAUGGAUUCCAUUUCUUACCAGCUAUGACCUUGAUACUGUAAACUAAAAUGAACAGUUAAAAGUGUUCCCCUCUUCCUGAUCUCAACUAAGGGAGACACACUGGAGCUGGACUGGUCUUGCGAAGAAGCUGCAUUACGGAAAACAAAAGAAGUUGUCUCUGGCAAAUCAGUAAUUUCAAAGAUAGAUUUCAAGGUGUAUACGCCAUCAUUGAAGGGCCCAGUUUCCAGAAGAGUAGGUUCUAAAUGGAUCGGGUAAAUUUUAACAAACCUUUUUUCUUUAAUGCACAGAUAAAAAGUUACAUUAACCAGAUACCUGCCCACACUCUCUGUAAAAAUCCGUGAAAAUGUAAAUUGUCUUUCUUGUAGACUGUAUAGAUUUCUAAUUGUGAGACUCAAAAUUUAGGCAGCUUUCCCAUUUCUAUCUGGAGACUGUUCCCAGCCUCCAGGCCUCGGUCUGGAUUCUUUAAUCAGUUCAUCUAAUUUUUGUCUGCCUCAACUUAUGUCAGUCAAUAAUAAAGUAAAUAACCUCUCAAGUAGAGUUUCUUCAAAUAUAAAUGAGUAUAAUAAUAUUAGUUUCAUUGACUAGUCCUAAGAUUCAAAUGAGAUCACAGAUGAAAAUCACUUGCCAGUAGAUCUGAUUCAUAGUAAAUAUUUCAUAAAUUACUGUUUAUGCAUUAUUGCUCUCUGGUAAAAAGUAAAAGUCCAGCAAUA